UGCAUGGCAUUUUCAACCAACUCUGUUACAUUAGCUUGUCAAUCAUCUGGCAAGUAAAACAUGUUGUGCUGGUGACAUCAACCAGUUUUUGUUUUUUAUAUGUGGUCACACAUUAAAAUAAUGCGAUGGUGUAAAGGAACUAACUUGUUUAAAUAAUGUGUUGACUAUCGUAAGAAAAUGACACGUUCUUGCAUCAUUUCACCGGAGAUCAAUACUAAAUGCUAACGCUGGAUAGCUCGCAUAUGUUAAGUUAGCAAUAGCCAGCACAGCUAGCUUGGUAUGUCUGAAGUCACAUCAUUUAGCGUUAUCUCCUGCUGUUUGUGAGGUUUGGACUUCAGAGGUCUGUUGCCGAGGUUCCUCCCUGUCCUCUCAUCAUGGCCAGCGGGGAUGACGAUGACCCCAUCAUACAAGAGUUUGAUGUGUACUUGGCCAAAAGUCUUGCGGAUAAGCUGUAUCUGUUUCAGUAUCCUGUGCGCCCCUCAUCUAUGACAUAUGAUGAUGCAACUCAUUUAUCUGCCAAAAUUAAGCCUAAACAACAGAAGGUAGAGCUUGAGGUCGCCAUGGACACUAUGAGCCCAAACUACUGCCGCAGUAAAGGGGAGCAGAUCGCUCUCAAUGUUGAUGGCACUACUUGUGAAGAGUCUAGCCUGUAUUCUGUAAAAAUGAUGGAUAAACAGACCUUAACUUCUAUUCAAGCAACCACAGACACAUCUCGCUAUGCAGCUGCCAUUUUCCGCAAAGGUGAGUUCCACCUCACGCCUCUGCAGGGCAUUCUCCAGAUGAGGCCCAGCUUCUCCUACCUGGACAAAGCCGACACGAAACAUCGCGAAAGGGAGGCGGCCAACGAAGCCGGUGGUGACUCCUCUCAGGAUGAGGCUGAGGAGGAUACCAAGCAAGUCACUGUGAGGUUUUCUCGGCCGGAGUCCGAGCAGGCCCGUCAGCGGCGUGUCCAGUCCUACGAGUUCUUACAGAAGAAGCAAGCAGAGGAACCCUGGGCGCAUCUACACUACCAUGGCAUAAAGGAUGGACGCUCUGAGCAUGAGCGGCAGUACCUGUUCUGCCAGAACAUGGGCGCUACGGAGAGCACUGAGCUUGUGAAGACACCCAGCGAGUACCUGGCCAUGCUCAUGCCUCCAGUAACAGAGGAGAAGAUUGUGAGGCCCAGUGGUCCGAGCAACGUGCUCUCCAUGGCUCAGUUGCGCACGCUGCCCCUCGGUGACCAGGUCAAGACCCUCAUGAAGAAUGUGAAGGUGAUGCCAUUUGCCAACCUUAUGGGCCUGCUCGCUCCCGGCACAGACUCCACAGCAGUACUGCGCUGUAUCCAGCAGGUGGCGAUGCUGGUACAGGGCAACUGGGUUGUCAAGAGUGACGUGCUCUACCCAAAGAGCAGCUGCAGUCCCCACAGUGGCGUGCCUGCCGAGGUGCUCUGCCGGGGCAGGGACUUUGUGAUGUGGAGGUUCACUCAGGAGCGCUCCAUCAUGAGGAAGGAGGUGGCUGCUGUCAUUAAGCUGCCCCCAGAGGACGUCAAGGACUUCCUGGAGCAGAUGUCUGCCCCCCGGGUCAACCGCGGCUGGGAGUUUGUGUUGCCCAGCGACCGCGAGUUCGUCAAGAAGCACCCAGACGUGGCACAGAGGCAGAAUAUGCUGUGGUUGGGCAUCCAGUCCAAGUUGGAGAAGGUGUUCAAUUUCUCCAAGGAGGACUUUGCACCGAAGAAAGAUUCUCAAGCAGAAGCAGUUCAUGUGAGUGGCGAGCAGCGUCUGAAGUCUGCGCGAGAGGGUGCCCGGGACCACCAGGCCUCGCUGCAGAAGGACCUGGACACUCGUCGUAAAGGCUCCGCCCCGGGCAGCAAAGCCGGUGCCUCCAGCGCCGCGCCGUCCGUCCGUGUCAAGCAGGAGCCCCUCAGUGACUCCGAGGAGCCCAUGGACACGUCGGACACCUCCGCCAUCCCCAACGGCUCCGUGAACGGUUACCCCGGCUCCCCCGACCCCCAGAACGGCCACGCGGCGCCCGGGCCGGAGCUGCAGGACUUUGUGCGCACCACCUUCCGCCGGCAGUACGUGCUGACGCUCAGCGAGGUCAAGCGGCUUCUCAACCUGCACCUGGCCGCCCUGCCGCCCGGACGCUGCUCAUUGGGAACCGUCUCGGACCGCGCGUUGCAGGACGCCAUCCUGCUCAACCAGUGCAAACAGAUCCUGGUGCCUUUCCCCCCUCAGAUCAGAGCUGCUUCAGAUGAGCAGAAGGUGUUUGCCUUGUGGGAGUCCGGAGAAACCUUUGACAGGUACCGGCAGAUCCUCUUUGAACUGUUCAUGAAGAAUUAUCGGGUCAGGAGAAACCUGGUGCAGAGUCGUCUCACUCAGGAACUGGGCGACAACGUCACCAAAUCUGACGUGGACCGGCUACUCAAGGACUGCUGCGUCAGCCAGGGAGGCAUGUGGUAUCUAAAGGGAACCAUGUUGUCGUGACGAUAGGAGGAGGUGGUGCACAGGCGGGUCCCCCCUCCCCCCCCCCCCCUCCCCCAGAGCCUGGUGAGAGCAGCCUCUGCCCAGGGAGGCAAAAGCAGACCGUGCACGAACCAAUCACUGCCCUCCUGCAGUCUCUGGACAAGCCUGUGAUUGGGUGAUCGAAGUGGUCCAUCACUUUUUCUUGCUCCCGGACAUGUGCUUUUGUUAACGCAGCCGAACACGUAGCCGGGGUCAGACACAAGAUGCUGUGAGUCCGAGCUAAAACCCCCGACACCUCGCUUUCUUCACGUCAAAUAAAAGGGCUGGAGCGCUGGAGUCCCACACACGUACAUGAGGAGAAUGGACUGGUGGCAGUUUGAGCAGUUGGUUUGAAUGACUAAGUGAUCCUGUACUUUUCUUUACUUCAGUUUCAACAUUUGUUUUCAUUUUAAGUUAAAUAUAGAAUAGUGUUCUAUUAAUAAAAAAAACACAGUGCAGUUAUUCAAGGUUAAUCUGAAUUUGUGGCCUUCUGCAAGUGAAAAGUCACAUUUCAUAAAUCACGUUUGCUUUUGUAUGGGCCUUAUGUAGGAACUAUUUUUUUUUUUUGUCCCUUAAAUUGGUUUUUAUCGACCCUUGGAUUGCAGUGUGCAUGAGUUUGAGGAGCUGGUUACCUCACAGUUGUAUUCAUUUUGUUGAACUCUUCAUGAUGACUUAUGCAAAGAGUAAUACCAUGCAGAGUGGGAAAAGCAUGGAAGAAUAAGCUGAACUUUGCCCAUGAGCUUGUGCUAAUAAAUAAUAAAAAUACAAGAUGUGAACGAAUUGAAAGCACUUGAUAGAAACUGGAAACAACAAUCUGGUUUCCCAAGCACAUAUCUCAGACCGGUGUUUACAUAGACCCCUAGUACUCUUGGAAAUUGUCAAACCAAAGUCCCUCAGACAAGGAUGGGGGCUGUCCUCCUCUAAGGCUCUUGGAUAUGCUGUAGGCAAAACAGAUGGGUCUCCAGCAUUACACUGCAGGUUGUAGGGGAACUCUUAAGUUCAUGAUCCUACUAAUCAGGAAUCUGAAGGAAGGGGAUUGGAGUGGUUGUGCCAUUAUUGAAUGUACUUUGGGAAGGAUGUUUAGUUUACUUAAAAUCAAAAUAUAAGACACUUGAAGAAAGUUGAAUCUUUACUGAAAUGAUCGGCACAUUGUUUGGAAACGAUUGUUAUCUCAAUAGGAUCGAGAGUAUGUUGCCGGUAAACUUCUAGAUGCUGCUUUUCAUUAGAGCCCCUUUUUCUUAUAAAUUGGUUGUCUGUCGACCCACCCCCCCACCCCAGAAUUGAUCCUCUUUCUUCAGCUUAAAGGAGUUAUUUAAGAGCAGUCUGCUGUCCGCUCUGCCAACAGAAACACAACCUCUCAUUUUUCUCCUGUCUCUAGUGUCUCGGGAAAGUGCCAUAACAGAACCUCAGGUCUUCAUUGAGAUGUUUCCAUAACCGGUUGACUGACCUUAAUUUUCUUUUAUGGUCUGUGCCACAGCAUUUGGGGAUUUUUCUUUUUUCUGUCUUACUUGGCCUGUGGUUAACAUGUUUAUUUCAGUGUCCUGUAUAAACAAUUAAAAUGACCAGAGUGAGUUUAAGGGAAGUGUUUGGCUGACUCACUGAAUUUAGAGCUGCUCUUCUGUUGGACUGUGAGGUGUUGAAUGCGGCCGCUUAGCCUCAACUCAGUCAAGAGAAAGUGCCUCCUUUGUAUUAUGGAGAAAUAUCACCCUCAUCAAACCAGUGGAUAGUGUUGUCAGAAUGAAGAGGCCACCACCACCAAAAACACUCCCCACCAUCUUGUUUUGCGGUGGAGAGGACCAUUAAUGUAGGCACCAAAGACCGAAGUAGCCAUUUUAAGAAUCAUUCCAUAACACCUCUCUCUUCAGGAUGGUAAGAUAAUUCUGCUUUCCCUCACAUUACCUCUGAAAAUUGUCAUAAAAAAAGACUUCAUAGAAAUGAUUGUCUUCUGCCACUCAUUUGUCACCUGGCUCAAUAAACACUGUACAAAAGUAAAAUCA